UACCAUUAUAAUAACAAAUCAAGUAGCCUGUGUAUCAAAGUGGAACAGUUAGGCCAAUAUUGUCUAUGGAGUGUCGCAUUUGACCAGAUAGGCCCUUAAUGUAACAUUGUAAAAGCUCACGUCUCAUGUGCCUUGGACAGUGCAACAGAUUCCAAUUAAAUCAGAUUAUUGGAUUGGCUGCAGAUUACAUCUCGUCUUUUUCCACAACGCAGGGCAACGGAAUGGUGUAAACCUGCAAUAUCAGACGUUCAGAUGUAGGCUAUUGGAAUCAUCAUUCACCAGGGCCGCACCAUGUUGGCUGGUGUCAUGGAAAGAAUCAUCUAUUGCCUAACAGGAAGAUCAGCCAAUGUUGUAGUCCCAAUAGAAACCUCUGAGCCUGCGGAUGGCUUCGAGUUUGUGGAGGUUAAGCCUGGCAGGGUGAUCCGGGUGCGGCACAUCAUCCCCGACCGGCAGGUGGUGGAUGACUACCCCGGUCAAGCGGGCAGCAUCCCCUGCAAGCGGAAGAUCUCCGUCUUCCGCAACGGGCAACUGUACAUCGAGAACCUCAGUGAUGCUGCGCGCUCGGAGACACUGAACUGUCAGAACGGGGACCCAGAUCCCAACAGCACGGUGGAGGUGGAGCUGUCGGACUGCAACAACACAGCUCCCCAGGAGUCCAAAGCCAGCCCGGAUGGUCUAGUGGUGCAGCAGCCUCAGGCAAUGCAGCGCAGGCGGCGCAAGCCGAAACGCACGGUGGUGAUCGACUGUGAGAGGAAGAUCACCUGCUGUAAGGGCACACACUCAGACGUGGCCCUCUUCUUCAUCCACGGAGUGGGCGGCUCGCUGGACAUCUGGGGCAGUCAGCUGGACUUCUUCUCCCACCUGGGUUACGAAGUAGUGGCACCGGACUUGGCCGGGCACGGUGCCAGUUCUGUACCUCAGGUCUCGGCUGCCUACACAUUCUAUGCUCUGGCAGAGGAUGUGAGGGCAAUAUUUAAGCGAUAUGCCCGAAAGCGCAAUAUUCUUGUUGGGCAUUCUUAUGGUGUUUCUUUCUGCACUUUCCUGGCCCACGAGUAUCCUGACGAGGUCCAUAAGAUGGUGAUGAUUAACGGGGGUGGACCCACAGCUCUGGAGCCAAGUAUCUGUUCCAUCUUCAAUCUCCCAGCCUGCGUGCUGCACUGUAUGUCACCAUGCCUCUCCUGGAGCUUUCUCAAAGCUGGAUUUGCUCAUCAAGGAGCAAAAGAGAAACAGCUCUUGAAAGAGAGCAACGCCUUCAACGUGUCCUCCUUUGUACUGCGGGCCAUGAUGAGCGGGCAGUAUUGGCCAGAGGGAGACGAGGUGUACCACGCAGAAAUCACAGUUCCGACCCUGCUGGUGCAUGGCAUGUACGACAAGUUUGUGCCAGUGGAGGAAGAUCAGCGAAUGGCAGAGAUUCUCCUCCUGGCCUUCCUCAAAAUCAUCAACGAGGGCAGUCACAUGGUGAUGAUGGAGUGCCCUGAAACCGUCAACACCCUCUUGCAUGAGUUCUUCCUGUGGCAGCCCGACGCCCCGAGAAAACCCAAACAAGAAGCAAAGCCUGCACCCGACAACGUGUCUGUAAGCAACGGGGACACUAAGCCAUCGUCAGAGACUAAGUCCAAAAUCAAGAACAAAUAACGGUCUAGAAGCUCUUUUUUGUAAGGAAGAGAUUCAGUGGCUUGCUUGAAGGUCGUGCCAAGUGUCCUCACAAAGAGGGUACGUUCCUUCCAGAAGAGCUUAACGGAGGAGAUGGGUCAAACCAAAAUAGCACCCAUCCUCGUCUUUUGCACUGAAGUAAACAAAGCAGGGAAGCACUCAGGACAGAGACACAGGGAAGGCUGUGAUGGCCCAGCGCUCCUUUCUGAUGGUUGUUCUCUCAAGCUGUUUGGUAGGCUAGAGAAGAAGGAUGAUGGCAGGUCUAAGAGGGCCUGUCAAUACUGUAUUAAGCACAGCACUGGCACAGAUACAGUUUACAGACUUGUACACCACAAGAGCUGGUACGGUGUAUGCAAUGGUGGAUCUAUGUGUGGGUGACAUAGGCAGCUGCCGAAGGGGGCAUUUUACAGGGUGCAGCACGGAUUGCCUGGGAGGGAUGGAAUAAAGGAUCAGUUGGCACAGUUGAUUUUUGAUUGAAUUCAUUUGCAUGUCAUGUUAAAGAUAUCAUGUUAUUGUGUAGGUCAGUUAACCUUGUCAGAGUGGGCACACAGAUUCUAGUUUGUGAACUAAGCAAGCCUGGGAGGGUCUUCCACUUAGAGGUAUACAAAGGGAAUGAAGGUAGCUUGACCUGAGGUUUCCCCACUGGAUGGUAGAAGGAGUGGCACAUCUAUUUAAGUUUAUACAGAACCAAAUACUACCAAAUAAACCAAAAUUCAUUCAUGAUACUGUAAAUAUAUAGUUUUACAAAUAUAUUGGGGUUUUUUUUCAGUUUGUGCUAAAUCCUUUACGAUAAUAUAAAACCAGUCUGCACACAAUUGUGUGUGUUUGGGAGGAGUGUCCAUGCCACCACACAAGCUACAACUGCCACUGGGUGUAUGGUAAAUCAGGCAAGGUUGAGAACCAAUGGUCAUUUGUGUGAAGGAUAAACAGUAAUGUUUGGACGAAGGACAUUGCUCACUACUGUUCCUAACUACUAUGAGAAAGUUAUCAGGUUAUCAUUCUUUCAUGCUCUUCAGGUAAGGGCUUCUGGUUUACAGAUAAUACUUUCGCUCGAUAUUAAUUCCUUUACUCUCUGAUUUUUAUAUUAUAGAAAGGGUUUAGGGUUUACUCAGAGAAAGAGUUGAAAAUGUUAGAGAUUGACAAGAUUGUGGACACAGACAGUGACUGCUGUCAACACAGGUUUCAUUAUUGUGUUAUUGUGGUUUUAUGGGUCAUGUGGAAACUUCAAGUCUGAUCCCUUAGAAAUGAUACAGGAAUUAUCAAACAUGUCUAUGUUGUUAAUAUCAGUACAAUUCAGAAUCGAAAACAUGCAUUGUAUCCAAAGCAACAUUGUCCAGACGCCUUACUCUUUUAUUUUUUUAAAAGAACAUUAUGCUGACAUUGGGUUAUUAUUCAUGGACACAAAUAAAUGGGUUUCUUGAAAUAAUAGAAUACAUGGGACACAUUAUGAAUGAAUUGGAUUGUAAAUCAUCAUCAUCUCUAUGUAUUGUGGAGUAUGUUGCUUUCCAUGCGUGUAUCAAGACAAGGAAACACUGCUGGCAGUAUUUUUUUCUUCUUCAGGGAAAUACCAGUGAACUGGGCAAAUUAUGCAACAUUAACACUUUGGUUUUCUGUUUUGUUCUGGUUUGGAUUGUUAAGACAAGGUUUUAAAAAAAUCACUCUAUGCCGUUUCUGAACAAUGUGACUUUUUGCUGCUAUUUUAUAUUGUUGAACACUAACAGUCAUUUAGACUUCCAGAUUGAGAAAUGCUUUCACACAGCAAAUGUAGUAUUGUACAUGUACAAACUGUCCCCAGCAAGUACAAGGCAUCCAGUUGUAACUAUCUAGUGUAACAUCUGUAUUAUCAUUGAGUGCUGAUACUACUGGGCUGUAACUGGCGAGGAAUACAUAUCUCACCAGGUCUACCUCUAAACAACUUGCUAUUUUACUUGAGGAUU